AUGGACCACUCCAAGCCCAUCAACACCACCCCCCCUCUCCAACGCACCACCACGACCAACACCGGCACAGAAAAAGCCAUCGACUCUACCUCUCUCUACUCAGAGCACGUAGCCCUCCUCUUUCCCUCCAAGGACGGCACACAACCAGGCUUCGCUCCCGAACAAUCCCUCUCUCGCGGUCUCCAAAUCCCCUCCAAAACAUCCCGCCUCACCUCAGGAUUCGAAUACCCUUCCAUCCUAGGAAGCAACUACAACAUCAGUAAAGAAGACUGGGAGAGAUUUACACACGAAAUCACAGAGAGCGCAAAGUUAUCGUCCUCGCAAUGGUCAACUGUGAUUGGGGCGGGACUGGGUAUUAUGGCUGUGGGCGGAAUCAUGGUUGGAUUCUUUGGUGCUAUUCCGGCUGUUAUAGUAGCAAAGAGGAAAAGAGCGGCGCAGGAGAGUAAGAAUUUGGUGAGGGCUAUGGAGAACCAACAGCAAGAUGAAGAAGAGGAAGGGGAUGAGAAUACAUUAUCGUUCAAAAUCAACGAAUGGAAUGAAACAUUCUUCAAACCGCGUGGAAUCAUGAUCCGCAUUGAUAUGCCAUAUGACAUGUCCGCUGUGGAGGAUGGAAUCGAUGUGGGCACUACAACUUCUACUACCGGUUCAGGCAAGAAGAAGUUAUCAUCCAGAUUUCCAUCUCCGGUAUCAUCGCGACAAGGCUCAGUUUCUUCGUCUACAUCGAUAUCAGACGAUAAAUCUGAUCGCGCAAAGAAGCGCUACGAGGCUAGUCAAAGAUGCAGAAUUGUGAUCAUUCCAAUAAACCAAAGACCAGGGUCGGUCAUAAGUCAAGCCACGACUUUGGCGUCGGAGAGUCCCUAUAUACCUGCCGUCUAUGAGUGA